AUGGAUGAUAAUUGUAAUAUGUCAGCGUGGCUUCUCACUUUACUUGUAGCCCUUGCUGCCGCAGAGCGAAUAUUCAUUACUAGCAUAGUUCCCAAUAUCGGUCCUACCACAGGCAAUACCCGUGUCUUAGUUAGAGGAACCCAUCUGGAGCCCAGAGAGGAUCAUCCUUCUCCUAAGUGCAAGUUUGGCUCCAAGAAGAACAUUGUUAAGGCCACCUAUGUCACCUGCACACCCAUCCCAAGACGUCCAGACGAGCCAGAGCCAACAACAGCAGAAAAGACAGCUCACUGCAUUGAAUGCGACCCAAGCCCAGAAUCGCCGGUAUCUGAUAUGGUCCCAUUUAGUGUCUCGAUCACUGGAGACUUCACAGAUGUCGAAAACUCAGCUGAAUUCCAAUACUACCCACCACCUAAGGUCAACUACAUCGUCCCUAUCUACGGACCUAAAAAUGGAGGCACAGUGGUGACAGUUUAUGGGGAAAAUUUCAUUGAUUUCGACCAAUACCUCAGAUGCUCUUUUGGUACUAAGGCCGUGCCUGGAAUUUAUAUCAGUCCUACAAUGAUGUAUUGUGUCAGUCCUUUUUCUGAUACAGUCGUCGCAGGAAUGCCAUUCAGAAUUACCUUGAAUGACCAACAGAACACCAAGGAUGAUAUUAAGUAUUAUUACUACCCAGAGCCAGCAAUCAUGAAGCUGACCCCAGACAAAGGACCAACAACAGGAGGCACUGUGGUUAUGAUCGAAGGCCAAGACUUAGACCCUUUCAAUGAUGUGCUUUCUCAAGUCAACAACCAUAACGACACUUACUGUAGGUUUGGGAACGAUUUUCUUACCCCAGCAACAAUUUAUUCAGAUAUUUUGAUAUCCUGUGUUGCACCUCCAAGCCCAAUUAUUAGGACAGUUUUAGUUGAUGUUACAUUAAAUAAUGCAGACAUGAUCCUCAACCCUGGAAGCUGGACCGAUGAUCAUUUGCCUUAUACAUACUAUGCUCCUGCUUACGUGUAUGAUUGCAACCCAAGGGUUGGCCCAACAAGCGGCAAUACCAGCGUUUACGUCUCAGGAUCAAACUUUAAUGACACUGGCUCUAUUAAGUGUAGAUUCGGAAGCAAAGUGGUCAGCGGCAGAUUCCUAAGUGUCAAUGAAAUUUUAUGUUUAAGUCCAGCCGUCGACAACCCAGGACUUGUAGACUUGAGUGUUUCACUUAUUGAAGACAACUUUGGACAAUCAGUCAAGUAUUUAUACUACGCAACUCCUUGGAUUGAUUCAAUUCAGCCCAUGUGUGGACCUACAACUGGAUAUACUCAAAUCACAGUGACUGGCAAAAACUUUGUCUUCACGGGUCCCAAUCUUGUGUUUUGCAUAUUUGGUGAUAAUAUUUUCACCCCAGCAACUGUUAUGAGUGAGACUGAAAUUAAAUGUGACUCCCCAGACAUCCACCUAGAUGAUAAGCUGGUAAAGCAGAUAUUCUUUAAUGUAUCAGUCACUUUGAAUGGCAAGGACAGAAGUCAAUCGAAAAAGCCUAUCAUUUUCAGCUUCUAUCAGUUCCAUAAACUAUUCUCAAUGACUCCUACUAGUGGACCAAUCACAGGAAAUACUACGGCUGUUCUGCAUGGAGAGCACUUUGCCCAGCCUGGAGUUUGCAAUGUGACUGUGAGGUUUGGAACGACUGAGGUUUUGACAUUCAACCAUACUGACACUGUGGCAGUUGCUAUGAGUCCUUCAGUUAAAGUUCCUGGAGAUGCUAUUGUCCAGCUUUCACUUAAUGGUCAACAGUUUACGGAUCAGGAAGGCACGAAAAAUAUCGGAGGAAGCAAAUUUGAUGAAGGGGUGCUCGGCUUCUAUUUCUAUCAAGAUCCUUUAGUCACUGAUUUCAAGCCUAAGCAAGGGCCAAAGACUGGAAAUGCUACUGUUGUAGUUUAUGGAGCUGGGUUUUUAGAUGCAGAGGAGAGCCCAGAUGAUCUCCAUGUCUUACUGAGAUUCAACUAUACAAACGGAACCUACAUCGGCACAGGAGUCUGUUAUGAUGUGCAGCUUAAUCAAGCAAAAUGUUGGACUCCUGCUGCAAAGGCUGGGACUAAGGCAUACUUGGAAAUAACUAAAAACGGCGUCAACUACCUAAAGAUCAGAAAUACAGGCAGCACUGCUGAUGAUGACACUUAUCUAUUUUACGAAGCUCCUGUCAUAAUUGACAUUGAUCCUAAGUUUGGCCCAGUCAAAUAUGACGAACCUAGAAACCUCACAGUGAACGGCACAAACUUCAAGUGCCUCAGCACAAACUGUGACGAGCUAGCUUGCAGAUAUGGGACAAAACCUUACCCAAUUUACACUAAAGGCUACCUUAAAGACGACAAGCACAUUAUCUGUGAAAUCCCUAACCUAAGCAGACCUGAAGCAGUAGAAGUCGAAAUCACGUUGAACGGCAACGAUUACACUAACGAUCACAAGUUCUAUACCUAUUAUGAUGCCUUUGUGCUCGAUGUGGUGCCUAAGUUUGGCAAGAGGGAAGGAGGCACCAAUGUGAGUGCCAUGGGAUUUGGCUUUGCUGACACUGGCUCAGAGCUGGAAUGCAGAUUUGGAAGCAAGGAAAAUCCUCUAUUAUGCAAAUUCAAGGAUUGCAUUGUCAAAGCAAAGUUUAUUAGUGAUACCGAAGUCCAAUGCACCACUUUCGCACAGAGUGAUAUCGUCUACAAGAGCACUGGGGAGCCAGUUGGAGAUGAAGGUUUUGAUAUCGAAGUAGCUGUUAGAGACAGAAAGUUCACUAACUCUCAUAACAAAUUCAGAUACUUCAAAGAGCCUACAUAUAAGAGCAUCAAUCCAGAUCGCGGCUCAUCUAGCGGUGGAAGCUACAUUGUGACUGAGACUGAUUUCCAUUGGAGAUCUGAGAACAACACUGACGGAAACAAAAAAGAAUUCAUUGAAAAAUACGUCAUCGUCAAGUGCAGGUUCACAGGGAAAAAUCAAACUGUCACUGUAGAAGGAAACAUCAUCACUUAUCCAUUCCACUCCCAUGGUCUUUCUAAUGCAAUUACUUGUCUCAGUCCUCCAUGGUCUGGCAUUGAAGAUGUGAAAAUUGACUUGACUAUUAAUGGGAAAGAUUACUCGGGCAACUUCACCUUUAAAUACGAAGAGAAGCUUGAAGGAAUGAAAAUCACACCAGCUUGCGGGAUUAAUGGCGGAGAAACCAAGAUCACUAUUCUAGGCACAGGCUUCAACGAUUUAACGAACUUGCAUCUUAAGUGGGGCACUGAGUCCAGACCUGCGAACUUAGAAACGCUAUUUUCCCCAUCAUCAGGAGUUAUGACUGGGUACUCAGCACCAACCCCAACCAAAAACACGCAUGGUGGCUUUGUUUAUGUCGAAAUCGGCCAUAAUAUCGAUCUUGAGGACAAUUAUGGGCAAAAUUAUACAUUCUAUGGGGACUACACUUCUAAUAAACUGCUUUAUUUCUACUACAAGGAGCCAGUCAUUAAAUACAUAUUCCCACAUGGUGGUCCAAACACAGGAGGCACUGAAGUCACUCUUGCAGGAGCUUGGUACAUCAAUUAUCCUUCUAUGGGCUGCACUCCACUCUGCAGAUUUGGCGAAAAAGUGGUUCCAGGAGAGUUCAUCUCAACCGUAAGAGUUAAGUGCAUUUCUCCAGCUCAGCCUGGUCUUGCAGCAGCAGUUCCUCUUGAUGUCAGCUUCAAUGGAGUUGAUUGGACAAAUGGCGAACAAAUCUUUGUGUACUAUAACGUUCCUUUCAUCAGCCACAUUUUGCCAGUAUCUGGGCCAAGUACUGGAGGCACUAUGAUAGGAGUUUACGGGUCCAAUUUCACUGGCCAAGCGAAUCCAGACGAGUUCAUGUGCAGAUUCAGAGCAGUAAGUAUCAACGCUCCAGACAAGUUCAUCCACGCCUUUUACAAGAACGAGUCCUUAAUUUACUGCACCUCACCAGGUGGCUGGGGCUCAGGCACUGAAGCUAGGGUUGAUAUUACCUUUAAUGGUAUAGACUAUACCACCAGCAAUUCUUCAUUUUUCUUCUUCCAAGUAGAUGGCGCAAGACCUCUGAGUGGGCCAAAUACAGGCUCAAACAAAGGAAUCACCAUUUUUGGCUCUGGCUUUAUUCCAAAUCCUAAUGCAGCCUGCGUUCUAGACUAUAAAGAAUACAGACCAAUUGCAAUUUCCUGGAAUUACAUGAUCUGCCCAAUGCCAGCUUCAAUGAAGGACGACUUUUUAGGCGAAGUAACUUUCGAAAUCACUAUGAAUGGGGUUGAUUAUAGAAAAUUCGAGCAUGGAUUCCGAUAUUACAGACAAGCAAAUGUCUCAAGUGUUGAGCCUGACAAUGGACCAGUUUCUGGAGGGUCUUUGAUUACUAUUUAUGGUGGUCCAUUCAAAUCAGAUUUCGAGCAAGCCAAUUUGACCUGUAGGAUAGGAGAAUUUGCAAGCCAUGCUACGAAACUAAGUGAAAAUGUUGUACAAUGUCUUACUCCUCAAAUGGAAAGACCUAAGAAUGGCACUCAGCUUAUAGUCAGCGUCGCUAUAAAUGGCCAAGAUUACGCUCCAAGCAACCAUACUUAUUCAGUCUACGGCCUCUUGGACUCAGCUCCUAAAGGAGGUCCAAUUGCAGGAGGUACUGAGGUGAUGCUUAGAGGAUAUGGAUUUAAGAACACUGACCCAAGAUGCAGAUUUGGCAUUGAUAGUGUCAACUUGGUAGUCCAAGGAAAAGUUGUUGAUGAUUCCCACAUGAUUUGCGUGUCUCCAGCCAGCUUCAAGAUCCCAGAUGGCUCUCAAUUGCCAUUAGAUGUUCCUUUAGAAAUCGGCUUUAGCGAGGCUAAAUAUCACCCAUGGACCCACACUGAUAACAAAUUCAGAUUUUAUGACAACCCUAAGGUCCUUUCUAUUGUUCCUUCAUACGGCUGGGUAGAUCAAAGAUACGAGCUGAACAUUACAGCUGACGAAAAACAAGGAUUUUUCCCAGCAAUCACUGGAUGGAAGAGCUCAGGAGAACUGGACGUACUGCAUGCCAUAGUGUGUCGCUUUGGAAAAUACGGAACUGUACCGGCAGUCUAUGUAUCUAAAACUUCCAUUAAAUGUGUUACUCCAGAAACAAAAAUAAACAGAAAGGACUUGCAUGAAGAUUCAGUCAAUGUAGAAAUCGCUCUUAAUGGGCAAGAUUUCUUCAAGGCCGGCUCAUACACCUUUAAAGGAACUGCAACUGGGCUUUGGCUGGGGCGCUAUAUGUGGAUCGAAACCAUAGGAAUUGCCUAAAAUUCGAACUUAAUAAAUCUAUGGAAAGGUCUCAGCAUAUAAUAGUCAAAUGAAUCCACUAUUGCUACAAAUAAUCAAUCUAAUGAGUAAAUUUACUAUAAUCUGUUGCAUAUAUUUCCUAUUGUGCAAGGCAUGUGAGAAAUUUCCUCACAUGUCAAAAAAAAAUUCCACAAGUGAAGUGUUGCAUAAAUGCCGGCUUCACAUGUGAAAUAUUUUUUAGCAUGUCGGGAAAUUUCCCACAUGCCUUGCAAAUUAAGAAAUCUGUGUAACAGAUGAUAUAAAACUUAAUGGUAAAAUUUUUUUUUUCUCAUACCUAGUAAUAACUAUGCAAUUUCCUUAAUUAGAAAUCUGUGAGUAAUAAAAAAAAAUCUGUUUUUCAAUAGAAGUAAAAAUGCAAACCCUGACUAGCAGGUAAAAAUGACAUAUUGUUUCAUCAAUUUAGUAUUAUUAAAUCUUUUUUCAGUCAUUUUAUAGAAAAACAAACAGGGUUUAUUAAUAUUACCAAAAUUUAAAAAUUAGUAUUCAUUUAAAAUAUAUUUAUUUUAUUGAUUUAUUAUUUAUUAUUUUUAUUUAGUAUGAAAAUGAUAAUUUAUCUAUUAUUUAUCAUUAUUCAUUUUUGUUCUUUUUAAUAAAUAAAUUAAUUCUUAAAAUUUGGCAAUGUUAAUUUCUAUUUAUAAGUAUAUAGAACGCGAAAAGAAGCAUAUCUAUGGCUUCAACUUGCAUUAUAUUUAGACACUUUUUCAUAUACUCACAGAUUUCUAUUUUAGGAAUUUGCAUUGCUAUUGUAGAUAUAACCAAAUUUUACCGUUAAAAUUUAUAGUAAAUUUACUUAUGAGAUAUUAUUUACAGGUAAUAAUGGAUUCUUAUUGUCUAUGAUUUGCUGAGAUCUUUUUCCAUAGAUUUAUUAGUUCGAAUUUAGGCAAAUACUAUGGUUUUUAUUGUUUUAAUAGGCCUUUGGCUGGUCUUGAUGUGGCUUGGCAUGGUCAUUUUGGCUGUUGCAAUUGUAAUCUUGCUAGGAGUUUGCUGCUAUUAUUUGUGGAACAACAUUUCCAUGCCUAAGAUUAACUUCAACUUCCCUCAAAUGGGAGGAGAUAACGCAGGCAGACAAGCUUCUGUAGGUGGAAGACCGCAUGUCUUUAGAGGAGAUGAUGGAGUUGUUAGGCCAAGAGCAUCUCCAGCAAACGCAGAAUGGCAGACAGAUUUCUCUUAG